CAUUUAACUGUAUUCCAUAAGCUUCAUCAGCAGAUGGAGUCUGUCCAGUUGUCAUGGUGAUGGAUCUGAUUACAUAUGCGCUCUGGAGCUGGAAUAAUUUCAGCAAUAACAUUUGUAGUUUGAUGCUUGGAUACACUUUGCAAUCUCAGGGGUGCCUCACAUUACAUCCUAAAUAAAUUCUGUAGUUUAGAUCAGGCUUUCUGUCAUCCUUAUUUGUAAUAUUAGUGUCCCCUACCAAGAAUGCAUCCGGUAUUACACGGAAUGUCUAUUGAUGUUGGGUCAAUUAGGCUAACACUAAUGAUAUCAAUUCUUGCAAUACUUAUACAAUUGCUGGCACUUGUGUUAUAUCCAAAAAUGCAAAGACAAUGCUUUUGUGCUCGCACAAUUUUUUUUUUUUUUUUUUUUUUUUUAACACAUCAACUGAUGCGCGAGAGUGCUUUACGGCCGUAACCCCACAGCAGCAUGCUACAAUUUGCAACUUUCUGUGGCUUUAUGGUGGGUUAUUUGGCAGACGUCCUCAAUAAAAAAGCACAGACUUAUCUGAAAGCCUAUUCUAACUCUCGGUGUUACGCUGCACUGGGACACAUCCUACUCCAACAGGAAGAAAAGCAACAGACACAGAGUUAACCACAUAAUAAAGUUGAUUAAAGGAUUCCCUGGCCGGUAUGUGUCGAUAUUGUCCCAACUCUAAAAGAACUGCUGUCUAUUCUUCACAGAGACUGAGCCACCAACACGCGGAUGCUUUGUUUGGCCACUCGAGUCCUUGUUAGGACUAAUGCCACCUUGACACUUGCAUGAAUUUUGCCUCAGCAUUGUCCUGCAGUUUGCCGUGGCAAUGCAUGGCAUUUACGUAGAUGGUACACCGACGUGAAAGGGUGAAGAAUAGUUUGAGGACUGUUUGCCACUCUCGUAUAACUUAUUUAUGCCUAAGUCAAGUACUGUCUACGUCUAGUGCACGACGUAGUACACGCAACACGCAUUGUUCCCGCAAGGGUAUGCGUUGUCACCACCACUUCUCCAACCGUGGCAUUGUUUGGUCCCGCUUUGUCCUGUAUGACAUCACCCCUAGCUUAAUUAAUUCCUCUAUUUUCAAGGGACCUACACGAUGUUUAACUCCAGAGGAGAAACUCUCAUUGCAGAAAAGAAAAGGUGUCUAUAUUAUCUUGCAGCUGCAGUAUUAUAACUACUUGCUGAAGACCAGGAGAGAAUGCAGACAGAAGAAGGCAUAACCCUAACUAGAAAAAGGACAGCACAGACAGUGUGGAUGAGGCAAUGGCUGACUUGAAGACAACACUUUGGGCAUUAUGAUCAAUUCUUAACAUAACUUCGCAAGGAAGAUCCAAGAGGCUACAGAAAUUACUUGAAUUCCCCCCGACAUGUUCCAAGCGGUGAUGGGAAAGUUAACCAAGUCAUCACAAUGAGACACGCUUUGAUCCGCAUAGGUUGUGUUGCGUUCACAAGUAUCUUACGUGUGGCUCAUGCAGAUUAUGCGAACCAGGAAUUCUGAACAAUUUUUCAAACUUUCUUUGUGCAUUGGCACGCAGCCCCGCACAGUUUACACAUACUUCCCGAAUUUAAUCAUGGCUGGAAUCCGUCUCUGUUGUCCCAAUUUUAAAAGAAUCACCAUCUGUUCUUCACAGAGACUUUGUCACAAACGUGUGUAUGUUUUGUUUGGGCACUUGAGAACUAGUUAGGACGAAGGCUAAUUUGUUGGGCGCAAUGCUUGGCCGUACAAUAACCGAGACAAUUUUGUUGAAAACCAGGGCAUACAAAAACCGAAGUUCCACUGUACUUGUAUAGCUCUUAUUUCAAAUAUGAAACCAUUCCAUUUCAAUUUUCACAUGGGAAGAGUUCUGAAAUUUCAACGUCAUCUUUUACUCUUAAAAACGGUAAAUUACGUUCAACACACAAAGUGAACAAACUAUCAGUACCUGGGUGAAAGGGGUAGGAUUAGAUAGCUUCUUCCUCCUCUUUUUCGGACAUGUUGUAUUGUGUAACUGUAAACAUGAUGUACUUCAACGUAACCUUGUUACGCAUAUUAAAAAUCGUGUUCCCUCGUUUAUUGCGGGGGUUCCCAAAAUGGCCCGCAAUAAGUGAAAUCCACGAAGUAGCCAACUUCAUUUGUUUGCAAUUAUUAUAUGUUUUAAGGCUGCAAAACCACUCACCAUCCACUUUAUACACUUUUCUCAGACAGGCAUUAACAUUUUCUCACAUUUCACUCUUGUUUAAACACUCUCAAAGUUCAAAUUUUGUUUGAAUUUUAAUGAUCAAUCUACCAGGUUGGACAAAAGAAAUGAUUGACUGACUCACGGGUAUUCACUCCUGACCGUGCCUCGUCCUGGCGCCGUUCGGAUGUUUUUGUACCCUUAUUGCUCCUGCCGUCGUCCUCCUCCUCGUGCUACUCCUAGGACCGAAGCUUCAUUUAGCCGGUUAGCUGCUUCUUCUUCUAUUGUUUAUUGGCGGUCAGCAAGCAGCUCACACAGUUUGCUAGCGACUGCUGACUGCAACAGGAAACAGCAAAGGGGAUUGCUUUACAAUCUACAGCCAAUCAGGAUGCAGAACACAAUGGGCAAGUUCUUCCUUAGCCAAUAAGUACUGUUGUGACUCUAUAUUUAGCCGGCUAUUGUCCAGUGUGGGUUCCUAAUAUGCUCGUACAAGCAAGUAAACACAUCUUCAAUAUGGUAUCAGCAGUAAAUACAAUCACAGACACAUACAACAGAGCACUGAUAGAUCGCUCCAAUACGCCACAAGGACGCAGAACACAAUGCACGUUCAUAUGCCGUUAAAAAAAAGCAAAAUUGCAAUUAAAAAAAUCUGCGAAUCCACGAAAGAUGAACCACGAUGUAGCGAGGGAGCACUGUAAACCAAACUAUUACCAUUACCACUACCUUCGACUUAGUUCAACUGUUUGACUAUGGACGUUCCACUGUAAAGCUUUGUACUCAUCUACAGUGUCAGCCUCACAGACAGGAGAUCAAGGGUUUGAAUCACAAUUGCAGUUUUCAUGUACUCCUCUUGCUUGUGUAGGUUUUCUCCAUGUAGUCUUACAGUGAAAAAACAUGCAUGUCACGGAGACUCUCAGUUGUGCAUAGGUGUGAAUGUGAGUAUGAAGGUUUGUGUGUUUGUGUCCUGUAAUCGACUGAUGACCAGUUCAGGAUGUACCCUGCCUUUCACCCAAAAUCAACUGGGAUUGGCUCCAGAAUACCUGUGACAUAAUGAGGACAAGCUAUAGAAAAUGAAUAUAUGCCUUCUUUGCAUUGCUCUAGUUUGGCAGAUAAAUUGGCCCCACCCCCUAUUUAUUUAAAAUAUUCUCGUAAAACAAGAAGCACUAGACGUGCACAUCUGCAGGUGUUGUAUGGGAAGACGUGAGCGUCUUCUCUGAUUGGUUUGUCGGAGUGCAGCGCACUGAGCGGAGCUGACGCGUUCAUUUGCCGCCUCUUGCUUGCUGGCACUCUCUCUCCAUCCACCUCGCUCCUUCGCCACUUCGGCAGCCGCAUUCCGAGCAAGAACGGGCGGGUGAGGAGUCGAUACAGCGCACGGAGCUGAGCUACAUAAGUGGAACAUGUGAUUUAAAAGGACGCAGAUAGGAGCGCUACUGACGCAGGGACGAGUAGCGCGGGAAGCACGCGCAUCUGCUGUGAUUUUUUUUUUUUUUAUACCUUCACAUUUUCCUUUUUUUUUUUAAAUCCAAAUAUGUGUCGGAAUUACAAGGUUGGAGUAGACAUGUGAUGGAUUUUGUCGACAUUUCUCACUAUUUUUCCCUGGAUGAUGACAUUUGCUUUUAAAUAGUGUCGACUCCACCAUAUUUAAGCUAGCUUGAACUGCUUAGCAGAAUAUGUUAUUUGGGUAUUUUUUGUACACAGCACCAGUAUCUCUUUGGCGUAUUUUAAGGUGGUAAAAGAGGACAUUUUUACUGAGCGACACCCCCGACCUCCUUACAUAAAUGUUUGCGUGCCGUUAGUGCUCCGGUUCUCGGUCGAACCCCCCCAACCUCAUUCUCUCCCCAGCUGAAUACACAGACAGGCUCACCUGAGCGCGCGCGCGCUCACACACGCACGCACGCACAAUGCAUACAUAAUUGUACAGACAGACCUAACACACACACACACACAAACACCUCACCCCACCAUCUGAUGAAUCCUUAUUAUAUAGGUGGACGUGGCACGGACCCGACUGUAGCAUCCUCCUCAACAUUGUCAACACCACUAUCUUCAGCGUCGUCUUCCUGGCCACCAUGUCUUCGUCGUCGCGCAAGAUCUCCUCUGAGUCUUUCAGUAGCUCGGUGGGCUCCGAUUGCGGGCUAGAAAGCCCCGGAGGAGACGCAGGGGACGGUGGGCUGCUGGAACCGGCCGAGGAGAUCAGAGGAUGUCCCUUCUCCUCCCACAGAUCGCUUCUCUGGAACGGCCGCAGCCCCGCCGACAGGCCGGCUUGUCCGGCGGGCGAGGAAAAGCCAGGAGCCGGCGUGCCCCACAAAAGGGUGACCAGAAGGAGGAGGGUGAACUUGGAUUCGCUUGGAGAAAGCCUGAGGCGGCUGACCUCACCCACGACACAGACUGUUCAAGAGGCUCUACAGAGAACUAUGAAGUUUUACAGACAACGAGAGAUCAGGUGUCCAGAUUCUGGUAGAGGGGACCGGCAAUGCGAAAGUAAGGAGGAGAAGUGCCCAUUUUUAGAAAAUUGUGGCUCAGAAGAGGGUGUUCUUCAAAUCCUACAGUACAUGGCCACUAUAUUGGGAGUACCAUUCUUUGAGCUGCGUGAGCAUUUUGGUGAGGAGUUCUUUGGCCUGUGCUUUGAAGAAAAUGAACGCGUGCUCAGGGCUGUAGGCAGCAACCUUCAGGACUUUUUUAAUGGCUUUGAUGCCAUUUUGGAACACAUUCGAACCUCCACAGGUCGGCGUGCCUCAUCAGAGAGCCCUACCUUUCAGUGUAAGGAUGCCUGCGAGGAAGACAAGUGUCGUAGAAAAUUGGACAAAGCAAGAGAGCAAGGAGCACAAGAUGGCAGAGGAAAGUCACUGCUUCUUCAUUGUUUCAAUCCUGCCCCUGUGGUGGGACUGGUCAUGCCUGGGCUCAUCAGAGCUGUAUCCAAACGCAUUUUUCAUUCAGAAGUGGAAGUAGAAGAAGUGUCACCGCUGACUCCCUUAUUGCCCAGUGAAGAUGCACAACACAGUGAUGGUGAUUCCACCACACCCACUCCAUCUGCAUCCCCAUCUGCCUCACCCUCCUCCUCGCCUUCUCCUCCCUCAACUUUCCCAACCUCUGCCCCCACAGUUUGCCUGUCCUUCCAAAUUCAGGAAACAUGUGCUCCGCACUUCCUCCCAAAUGCUGCCACAGCGUGUUCCAAAAAGGCUCCUCUUUCACUUUCCACGAACCCUAGUGAUCUGCGCAUCAGCUUGGCUACAUUUUGCCGUGCCUUUCCAUUUCACCUUGUUCUGGGCCCUUGUAUGGAACUUCUUCAGCUUGGAGAAGGACUGAGGAAGCAGGCUCGCAUCGAGCCUCAUCGGAGUCUCUCAUUUAAGGACUGUUUUGAGAUCGUCUCCCCCAAGAUGGAGCCUUCAUUCCAGCGUAUCCUACUGAGGCUUGCAUCUCCUUUUACCAUCCGUACCAAGCCAGACACCACACAAGUCGGGACCAAGGAGAAGGUCAUGGAGUUGAAGGGUCAGAUGAUCCAUGUGCCCGAGUCCUCCUCCCUGAUGUUUCUGGGCUCACCGCGUGUUGACAAAUUGGAGGAGCUCAUGGGCCGGGGCCUUUACCUGUCAGACAUUCCCAUCCAUGAUGCCACACGGGACGUUAUCUUGGUGGGGGAACAGGCCAAAGCUCAGGAUGGACUCAAAAAGAGAAUGGACAAACUAAAGGCCACAUUAGAGCGCACUCACCAGGCACUGGAGGAGGAAAAAAGAAGAACUGUGGACCUCCUUUAUUCCAUAUUUCCAGGUGAUGUGGCCCAGAAACUGUGGCAGGGUCAACCAGUGCCCGCUCGCAAGUUUGAUGACGUCACCAUGCUGUUCUCAGACAUCGUGGGCUUCACUGCUGUGUGUGCACAGUGCACACCUAUGCAGGUCAUCUCCAUGCUGAAUGAGCUAUACACUCGUUUCGACUACCAGUGUGGCAUUCUGGAUGUUUAUAAGAUAGAGACCAUAGGUGACGCCUACUGUGUGGCUGGAGGCCUUCACAAGAAGGUUGAGAGUCAUGCAAGGCCCAUUGCACACAUGGCUCUGAAGAUGAUGGAACUUUCUGAGGAAGUGCUGACACCUGAUGGGAAGCCUAUCAAGCUGAGGAUCGGCAUCCACACAGGUUCAGUCCUGGCUGGUGUUGUCGGUGUUAAAAUGCCACGAUAUUGUCUGUUUGGGAACAAUGUGACUCUGGCCAGCAAGUUUGAAUCGGGGAGUCAUCCCAGGUGUAUCAAUGUCAGUCCUACGACUUACCAGUUGCUGAAAGAUGACCGAUCGUUUUCCUUUGUCCCUCGUUCGCGUCUGGAGCUCCCCGAGAAUUUUCCCAAAGAGAUUCCAGGAACGUGUUAUUUCCUGGAGGCAGGAACGUCCCACAGCCAUGCAUCAUUGACCAGCUCUCGCUCCGCUCCCCCGUCCUCUAUGAGGAAAGUGUCCUACAGCAUCGGGACCAUGUUUCUAAGAGAAACAAGUUUGUAGGUGUCACACAAAACAAGCAUAUGUGGCUACUGAGGAUAUGGAAGGCAGCAAUUGAAGCUGUACAACAGGCAGGACCGCAAUAACACACAUCUGUGGAUAUGCAAAUGAAAACUGGGGCUCACAGGUGUGGGAUGGCUGCAAGUGACAGAUUCCCAGAUGGACUCACUCCCAGUGAUUUAAUUAGCAGAGAAACCUGAACAUAGCUUUAAGUUCUUACAAGGUUCUCCUGGCCCACACAUGAGAACACGCUCUCUUCAGCAGCUCUUUGUGUCAAAAGAAGAACCUUACCAUUCUAAAAGCUGUGCCGCUUCUACAAGAUUGGAAGGUGUUGCUUUUAUGAGCAAUGAACUUAUACAAGUAACCAUGAAGGCUGCUGUCUGUUGAACUGCCUAUAUGGACAGGAAGGACCACAAGGAAGAACAGUACACUCCACUCCCACUCCCACUCUCCUUCCUCUCCCUUCCAACUGUCCUGAAUCAUGUCCUGCUUUCCAUCAACAUUUAUGUGCAUUACAACAACACCUGCCCAGCGGAGCAGUUGGACAGGUUUAAUAAUACCAUUUCAUGACAGGUGUUCAGAAGUGAAAAUGAUUCUCAGCUCAGUGCCUUUUUACCGUUCAAAUCAGGACACAAAACACAGGAUUAUUUCAAAUACUGUAUUUGAUUUUAAAAAGCAGCACAUUGAUCUUAUUUUGUCUUUAACACUUGUUUUCAGACAUUCUAUUUCCACCAUCUCUUCUCUGUGAAUCCAUCAGUGAAUGAGCCACAUUAACAAUGAAAGUCACCACCGUAUCCCAGGCGGGGAUGAGGUAGUGCUGUCCGUUAUUUCAAAACAAUAAAAGUGCACUUCAUAGGUUCCCAGUAUUUGACAGUGCAUUCUAUUACACCCAGAUGUACCCAUUACUACAUGCACAUGUUAUGUUUUGUUUUCAUGAUAAUACACUACUUGCUCCUGUUAGGAUUUGAAUCUUCUCUCUUCAUUUUCCUGCUACAUACUUGAAAUCUCAGGCCUUCCAAUUAUGUCGGUGUAGCUCAAUAACUGAGACACGCUGAAAUAAUUGUAGAUGGUCAUGUUUUCUUAAUGGAAUCGGUGAGAGUGACAUCAUUAUUAUGAUAGGUUAUUUGAAGCUUACAUAUGAAACUUACAAUUCAUGUUGUUUUUAAUAGCUGACCUUGACUCUAGGGAUGGGAUUAAUCAUUGAUUAAUCCAUUAAAUGGUCAUUGAAAAUUGUCAUGACUGUAUGAAACUGUCGAUAAAUCCUGUUUUUAGGCAACUGAAGCUAGAUUAACUGCACUUCUUGCUGCAACCAGCGGAGGUGCUGUUCAUUCACUUUCAGCUAGCUUGUGGUCGAAAGUUGAGCAUCAUUACGUCAUCGUAGGCCAAUAUCCACACUGACCUUUGGAAAAUGUUUGACCCAAUAAAUCACUGGCAUUGAAACAGGAGUUCAGAACAUUCAGAAAUACAUGCGGUUAAAAAUACUAAACAUAACAAUUUAUUGAUGAGCUAAUUGUUCAUUUUCCCCAUAGUUCUAGCAAAUCACAUUCCCAUCCUGCUCUCACACACACACACAGCUGGUCACAGACAGUCGCUACCCUAAAUGGACUGUUAACACCAUACAUAUAGAAUCUGAUGCCAUAUUGGCCACAUAUUUUCAUCCAAACACCAACUUCCAAAUAAAUGUUUCAUUUUGAGUGUCACCAGACUUUGGGACAGAUAAAAUCGCCAUGGGCUUAAUCUGAGCAUUUUGUAUUUCCAUCAAUUCUUCAUGCCAAGUCAUAAAGCUGAGCGAAUUACUGACCACCUGGAAGGUAGUGAGGACAUAAAAUGUGCCAAAAACUAUUUAAUACUCAAUUUUAGGUAGUUACAUCGCUCUCAUUUCAACAGUUAUGCAGUGGAGCCUCCGAAGAUCGAACACUAUCUGUUCCAGAAUGCUGGCAGACCUCUGAAUUGUUAGAACAAACAUGUCAAUGUUAAAUAAUGGAACUAGAAAUAACCUGUCACCAGAGUAAAAGCUGUAUUAACUGUACAAGCAAUGUUUGGAGUAACUUUGUAACACUGACUGUGGUACAAGUGUAAAAAGAAGUUAACCGCUCUUGGUAUUAAGAUUUGUUUAAGGUUUGUCUCAUUUUGGUAACCUUCACACAAGUGUGAAAAGACGUUGUAAGGUUCUGGAUGUGUACAAGAGCAGCUUAGGCCUAUUUGACCUAUGGGGAUCUAAAUUCCUGGGCAAUCCAAUCUCCAUCAGGCAGGUACAAGAAGCAGUUUUGUGACUUCAGGAUGGUAAAAAGCUAAGCCCUUCAAAUUAUUGUCUGCCACCAUUGCAACAGCCCUCCAGAGAGUCUAUAAAGAAUCCUUUGCUGAGGUUCGUCUGAUCCCCACCAUGUCUCCUUUGCGUAAGAGUGAUAGACCCUUUUUUGUGCGGCAGCUAUCGGCAAAUUUCACUUUUGAUUGUUGACCCGAAAGAUCCUAUUAAAGAUCCUAGCCCAACGCCUACAACGGGGCAUACCAGGAAUAAACCUGGUCAAACGAGAUUUAUGCUCGGAAGGCAGUCAUUUCAUAACACAAAGAGGCUGUUAAGUAUCAUAUGAUCUCCUAGCUUGAAUCCAGCGGAGACGAUUAUGACUGAAUGUAGAGAAGUGGCUUUGUGUUUUACAGAAAUGUGCUUUUAAUCUGGAAUUUACAGUAUAUCUUAGAUCAAAAUGCUUUAUUAUAUUGCCUCAGUCCACACAAACUGACUCCAGUCUGUCCCAUUCCCCGUUUCGUGGAACCAGACAGGGUUGCCCUUUUCCUCCACUCCGAGAACAAAGUCUGAAAAACACGGGUUGUCUUACAUUCCGGGUCUGGAAAUUUAUACAUGAAAAUGUACUAGUGGUGCCAAACAACUCCUCAAGCAUGUCAUAACUUUUCGUCCUAUCACUCACACACCGGGGUGUUGGAGAGAUGAGAGGGCGAUUCUUUUUUUUUACUGCAUUCUAACAGUUGUUAUUUUGCUGAUAAUAUUUUUUUUUUUAAUUUGUCUGUUCCAAAAACGGGUAAAAAAAAAAAAAAGAUGUAUUAUUUUCAGGUCAUUAACUUUCAAAGUAAAUCCUUUGGCGUUUUCUGAACGUCAUGCAGUUAAAACUUCAAUAUAAUUUCAAUUUUUUGCAAAUGUCCCAGUAUAUAUUCCCCCAAAUUUGGUUUGAUUUCGGUAUUGUACAACCGCAGAGGUGUUGGACUUUGGAGGUUCCACUGUCGUAAGUUUGUUUACUAUUGAGCAGCUAACGUUCACGCUACUGUCACUUCAUGUAUGUGCACCAGCAUUCUUGACAAGAACAAUGACUGAUGCAGUACGAUGUUGUCCACAGCGAAAUGCCAUUUAGUCCGACAUAAAAAAGGUGUGUCUGUCACUAAGUAUUCAAGCAAGAAGCUAUCUUAUUGACACCAGCAUUUACACAAAUGUGCCAUAUUUGCUAGCUGUAUGGCUGUAUGUAUCAUAUGAAUUAUUUCUACAGUCAUGGAAGAACAUUAUUUGACCACCAUUGUUUCUUCAGUUUCUUGUUCAUUUUAAUUACUGGUACAACUAAAGCUAUGGUUGUCCUUCACCACAUCGCAGUUCCAAUAUCAUGGCUUCACUCGGGUUUUUCAAAAAUAUAUUAAUAAAUCAUACUGUUUCAUGGUUGAAUAUGGCCCAUUAGUCAAACAAAUAUGCGUAUUUUAGCAAAUGUUACCUACAGGUUUGCCUAAAUUAAGCAUAAAAAUAGCUAAAUGAACUAAAAUACAAAUAUAAGGCAUUUAGAAGAUGCAAAGAUUUGCUAUGUUGUAUUCUACACUGGUCACUAGGUGUCAGUAAUGUUACUGUAAUGUUUGGUGAGGCACAAACAUCAGACCUGAUCGAGGGAACAACAGGUUUUUAUUGCAGGAUUGAAUUUUCUCACAACAGGCACAUUAAUAAUAACAUAAUAAUAAUAAUGAUGAUAAUAAUAACAUGGGCUACUGUUGCGACCGUAAUCCACUACAAGAUAAAACUCAAGUGUGAACCCCCAAUGUCACUUCUUGCUCUCCACCCUCCCGGAACACAUUUAUUGCAACACACGAGCACGAGUCUUAUUUACAUAAAAAAAUUACUUAUUUUUUCUGAUUAUGUCUACUAUAUUGGGUAAUGCAAGUGUAAAGGGGUGUUCUUUCAUGUCUAAAGGGCUUUAAUAAUGGUAGAAAAAUGUAUUUAGACGGUCAUAAACAGGUUUUCUAUGCUCCCACGAUGAAAAGAUUGAAUUUAUGUAGAAGGAAUCCUACUUUGCAGAAAUUCACUUAUCACAGUCAUGUCUGGAACCAAUUAACUGAUGAUAAAUGAGGGAUGACUUUACAUUUUUUUGGACAAAUAUAAUGACGCCAACAAAAAUAGUUCAUAAGAGUUUAAGAGUUGAUUUCCAUGGUUUUCUUGACACUCCACUUCUUACAUCAGUAACAACGGCAUUGCACAGCCAAAAAAUUUAACUCUUAUUAGCAAUUUUUGUUGUCGUUAUUAUAUUUGUCCGAACAAAUGUACCUUUAGUUGUACCAGGCAUUCAAAUGAACAAGAAACUGAAGAAACAAGGGUGGUGUAAUCUUUUUUUUUCGUGACUGUGUAAGUCUGCAACUUUCUUCAAAGUUCUAACUCCUUAACAGGCGGAAUUGUUAAAUAAGAAUAUCAUUUUUACAGAUGACUAACUAUAUGUGUCUAAAAUAACAGUGUAAGAUAGUGAAUACACUCAGCCAAUGCAGCUGAAAGGUAAAAUUGCAGACUAUUUUAUUGCUUAACUUGCAUUAUUAUUAUUAUUUUGGCAGUGUUUGUCAUAUCUGUUAGAUGAAUCACUCUAAUGUUGUCAGAAAGAUGUGUGAUGAGAAUACGUCCACUCUUAGAAUAAACACAUAGUGUUCCAAUGAGUAGAUAUUUAACAUUUAAUAUGUCGCAAUAGGGUUCGAUAACAAUGAUGAGGCUCUGCACUAACGGUUAUAACACAAAAAACGGGGGACUUAGCUUAGAAAGGUAGAUUUAACGUGGUCAACAAUCUACUUCUAUAAACAAAUAAGUGCAUUGGAAGAAGGAGCAAUCCCACUCAACUUGUGCGGUGCCUGCUUUCAGCAUCUCAGCUAUAAAUAAAGAAACGCUGCUACACUGCUGCGCCCCCACAACUUGUGUCCAACGCCUGCAUGUCCAAGUCUGGAAUGUCUUGGCGUGAUGAGAUUGUCGUUAGAUGUUCAGUGGUACAGGCUAGAAAGGAUAGUGGUCGUCUGUGGGUUGUAUUCUUACCUUCCUAACCUGCGUUGUGCACAUCGUAGGUUGCCCAUCAGGGUCAAGACGGGAACGAAUUGGCACUCCUUUUUAGCGCACUGUGGUAAGUUUGAAGUUUGAACACCCCAAAAGUUAUUUUUUUCUAACAUUUUUUUUUUAAACCCCAAAAAUUUGUGGAGUUAGAAAGAUCAGCGCAUUUCACUUCCACUUCAUAGCAGCCAGCAUCAAAGGAUUAACUCACUGUGUGUGAAGGACCAUCGUUUAGAGUGAAAGCAAAAAAAAGAUUCCAGCAGUAUCCAAGUAUUUUUUUCUGAUUUCAGUGCAGUAAUAUUUGAAGAUAAUCCACAGUAAGCAUCACUGUUACCAAUUUUAUUUUGGGAGGUCACUAGUUUGACAGGAAUCAUACCUUUUUGUGCAUAAAAGACUUGGACGAGGAUCUUAUGUUUGUUGGGAAGUUUGACAUCAAAGGAGCACGGCGUUACGUCACCUUCUGGCCACUCGUUUAACCGCUUCGUCGUUUACACACGUGGGCUUUCAUUUUACACUCGUGUGACGGAGUUAAAACAUUACAAGCGCCAGAUACAUCACCGCCGCGAUGUUUGUUCGUCAUGGUUUCAUACUUGACUGCUACUGCUUACUGUGACGAUCGAUAACGUCAGCGGUAAGCGUCAUUUGGAAAGUCGAUCGUCAUCAGCACAGUGGAUUUUGGUCACACUUUUGAGGUGACACUGUAUUUGUAUUGGAGUUGAUCAAACAUGUUAAUUAAUCCACACAAAAUGUGAUAAAUCUGUUGGGUAAAUCGUGAAAAAAAUACCAACUUGAUGCUUGAAAUGACCCACAGUGACUCAGUGUGUUCCCAUUGAAAUUGAGCAGAAUAUUGUAUGAAAAGUGAAGCACGAUGUCAUGAAUAUCGAAUGUCCAACUGCCCACAUUAAGAGUUGAACAUAUAUAUAUUAAAAUUAAUCUACACCCGUUUUUAACUAGCCAUGAAAGAUUUCCAUUUUAUUUUAAUUAUAUUCCUUGUUUUCUGUCACAUUGCUGGUUUUCAAUUUGGACUGACAAAAAUCCUGUUCGUCCACCAUCAUUACUGCAUAUUUCCCAUUUAGUUUUAAGAGGUUCAUUCUGUUAUCUGUGCCCAGGGUGCCCCAGCAUAUCCAGGGACGUUUGGUGGAUGGAUGUCUGGAUGUAUUACAAUGUAUGAUAAUUAUUCAAAUGUUUUGUACUGAGGCUGGGCAUGAACUGUGAGCGUUAGAAGGUGAUGUGUACCUGGAAAUUGGUCAAUGAACGCUGUUUGACUUGACAUGGAGGGCACAUUUGUCUUAACAUAAUGUAAAUAAAACACCAAGCGUGUUUAACAAGGAGCAGCGUGGUUGUGAUUGUCCUAUUUGACCUUGUAAAGGCUGUUGUUUCUCUUUCACCUCUCUUCCUGGUUCUUUGGGCCGUGUUGCUAUCGGAGAAGUAGUCGACGAUCACACAAGUUAAAAGGUUUUCAAAUUGUAUUGAAAAAUAAGAGCAAAAUAUUUGGCAGCGCUGGACUCUACCGUGAAUGAGGAAGAUCGAGGAAGAGCCCAGACUGAAAAGUGCACAGAGUCUGUAUCGCGUUUGCUGCACCCCUCUAGAAAGUGAGAGUUAAGCUUGUGUGGGCAAGAACAAUGCAUCUAUUGUGUGUCUCCAGUAUUUUUCCAUCAGUCGUAUGUACGUGUUGUGCAACUUUGAUUGUGAUUAGUGUGUGUGUGUGUUGUGAAGGACUCUAUAAGAAGCGAUUAGGCCAGUGCUUCUCAAACUGGGGGGCCGUGGAGGGGGUUAGAGUACUUUCAGUGUUACUACAGACCUGCCAACAUGUACACAUUUAUCGUACUCCACAUGCAAUUUGACUCUUGAAUAAGCUGGUAUACUUAACAGCGCUCCAUUUUGGUGCAUUUUCCUGGUUUCAGUUUCAAGUUUUGUCUGCACAGUACAGAUAAAUAAAUAGAUAUUAUCAGUUUCCCAAUAGUAUUUCAAAUCAGGGGGUUGUGAAGACAUUUCUGUCGCCGCUGUUGUUUGUCGUGUACACAAAUGGCCACAAAAACACUCUUGUCUUGCCCUGUGUGUCAGCUCGAUAGACACAGAGACACACGAGGGCAGCAGCCGCGCUACUGUGAAUGUCAGUCGAGAAUGCAGUAGUUUCGGAGAUGAAGCUGAGAGUGACGCUUUUCAUCGCAAAGACGUGAGUAUAUUGAGACUUUAUCUAGCUCAGGAAACAGGAGAAUUUUCUCACAUUCACACUUGUUAGUAGAUGAUAAACUUGAAUAUUUAAAAUCGUAGUAACAUGGCUAUGUUAACAUGGCUAUGUUACUACCAGCUUAUGCCGACAGACAAGUGUACCAGAUUUCAAAAGCAGGAAAAAAUUGUAAGGAAGGGGGGAAAAUGACACUCACAUUUAGUAAAAUAAAAAAAAAAAAAAAAAAGAAGGAUGUGCAUGGCCCCAGUUACUAGCUUUGCCUUGGGCCCACCAUAUGGAGCACAGUCGUUCCUCGCGACAUCGCAGUUUUUCAAAAAUUAAUUAAUUAAUUAAUAAUCUCUGUUUUGUGGUUGAAUAAGGCCUAUUAUUAUUUUAAAAAAUGCAUAGAUCAGCAAACUGUAUGUAUUCA